GAGAUGAGAAGAUUGAAACUAUGACGAUGCCCACACAGCCACGCCUCGGUCGAAGCUUCAUGAAUACCUUUCUCGAAUUGAUUCCACUCGUCUUCAAGCUAUCUAAAUGUCUCUCAUUGCCGUUCCUAGGCCCUCAUCUCAGGCUGAUUCUGUAAGGGAUUGAUGGUCGUAAACACGUCACUGCAUACCUGGUUUCAAUUGCUACGAUUCCGUAUCAUCUUCGGCUCCGUUAAUCCUCGAAACGGAUCUUCCAGUGCCUUUUCCCAUCUAUUGUCUUGCUCUAGGAUCACGGUUUCAUACGCUCUGGGCUGUUAUCUCGACGCUUGCCGGCCAUCACUCCGAUUCUCCGUGUAUCAACAUUGCGCAUCCUUCAAACUUGGGGUCGAUGCAUUUAUGGGGAUUCGGCGGAAUCGCACAAAUGACGACCGAACGCAAGUCAGAAAGAGGAAACUUUUCCCAACAUCGCCUUCCCCGCCUAGUACGACCCAAUUCUGGCGACGCGCAACUGUCGGAGUCAUACCGAUUCAACUUCGGGAAUUGUUGAUUCAUACUUAUACGCGAGGUUCCCUAACUGUUGGUUUAACACCUGGACUAUGCAAUUACCGACCUUUCGUGUACACUAAGUUGCUUAUUCAGAAUAAAGCGCUUAAAAAUCUGACAGCACAUACCUGAAUUCAAAGGCAGAUACAAGGGAUACAAAACGGUAC